CAGACGGCUGCUGCUUCUGACCAGCUGCCCAACGACCUGGAAGAAGCAGAGAAACUCAUCAACAAACACGCUGCUCUGAAGGAGGAGAUUGGACGGUACGAGGAGGACUACGAGCGCCUGCAGGCCAUGAACGAGCUGCUGGAGUCCGAGGACGCUCCCCUGCCUCAGGCCGCCCUGCAGCAGUGGCUCCAGAAGCUCGACGUCGGCUGGAACAAGCUCCUCGAGAUGUGGGAGAGCCGGAGAGAAGUUCUGGUCCAGGCCCACAUUUUUCACUUGUUCCUGCGAGACGUCAAACAGGCCGAGUCCUUCCUCAACAACCAGGAAUCAGCCCUCGCUCACGUGGAGCUCCCCACCACAGUGGAGACGGUAGAAGUCGCAAUAAAGAAACACAAGGAGUUCACCACCACCAUGGAGCUAAACCUGCACAGGAUAAAGGCUGUGAUUGAGGCGGGAGAAAGUCUGAUCAGCCAGAGCAACAUCUACUCUGAACGCAUCAGGGAGCACAUUGACACGCUCGCCAACAG